AUGUGGCUUCUCGACAUCGUCCUCGAAUAUGCCGCUCCAUUUUUCCUCGUCACGUCUCCGUUCACCUCCUAUGCCGACCAGAUAUAUAGCAUUCACCGCAGCAAAUCCUCCGCUGGUUUCUCGUUAGACAUUCCUCUUAUCAUGCUUGUCGCGUCUAUUUUCAAGGUCUUUUUCUGGUUCGGGGACCACUACGCGACAUCACUGCUAAUGCAGGCAGUCAACAUGGCAUGUGUACAAGCCAUUUUACUGAAAAUUGCAUUGAAUAAUCGACCGACUCCGGGCGCGAAGGAGGGCAUCGAGCAUGUGCCAUUCGCUGAUCAGCAAGAUCAUUCGGAAUCGGGCUUCCGUAGACCUUAUAACUUUUGGCGAUGGAGACAGGAGAAGCCAUACUGGACCUUCCUAGCUUACUUCUUCGCGGCCCUCUUCGUGAUCCAGGUGUUUUGUCCCUUCAUCUCCAGCAACGAAUCCUAUAUCGAACUUCUCGGAUAUUUAGGUCUGGGAGUGGAGGCCUUUCUACCUGUGCCUCAGGUGCUUGCGAACCAGCGCUCCCGCUCUUGCAAAGGAUUCCGACUGUCUGUGCUGAUUGCCUGGAUUGGAGGCGAUGCUAUGAAAAUGAGCUAUCUGUUUUACACCAAGGACACCAUUCCGCCGGCUUUCAAGUUUUGCGCCACGUUUCAGUGCAUUUGUGAUUUCUACCUGGGUAUUCAGUAUUUGAUGUAUGGCAAUGGCAAGACCGAAUACCGGCCACACGACACCACCGAGAAGGACAUUCGCUUGGGGUAUCGUUUUACUUCCGGAAACGGCAUGCCGAUGAUGAAGCUCCGAGGACCCCGCGGACCACCCCCGCCUUUCUCUGUCUCUAACGAACUGGCAGCUUCCACAACUGUCAUCAACACAGGAGACAAUCUUCAAAGGCCAUCUCAAUUGAGAACAUCAACAGCAAUGGCAUCCAGCAAGCCCACCAUCCGGAUCGGCUACGUGCCCGAACACUAUCUAACCCCUCUUCACCUCUCCAUCCGCCAGUCAUCAUACAAGGACCUCCCCUUUGAGCUCUCUCUAAUUCCGUAUCCCGCCGGCACAGGCCAUAUGAUCACGUCCCUGCGCGCAGACGAAAUAGACAUCGGCAUCGGUCUCACAGAGGGCUGGAUUGCGGGUCUCACAGGCAAACAACAACUAAACGAAAACAACGCUGCGGGCGAUGGUGGGUACAAGAUUGUCGGGCAGUGGGUGGAGACACCGUUGCGAUGGGCCAUUGUCACGGGCAAGCAGAGGGCGGAUUUGAAUGGGGUGGCUGAUUUAAAGGAUUCGCGAGUUGGCGUGAGUCGAUUGGGGAGCGGGUCGCAUAUAAUGUCGUUUGUCCUUUCUCAGCAAGAGGGCUGGACUGCCGAGAGCCUGAAGCCUGCCAUCCUGGGCCCAUUUGCUGGUCUACGAGAAGGUGUUUCUGAAAGCCCAUACGAAGCCGAGUUCUUUAUGUGGGAGCACUUUACGACAAAAUCAUAUUUCCAGCCCUCAGAUCCCUCGGCGUAUCCCAACCCGCCGCUCAAGAAAAUUGGCGAGAUAUACACGCCAUGGCCCUCGUGGCUUAUUACCGCAUCGUCCACGACGUUUCCGUCUCCUGAAAAAGACGAGAGAUUGCAGGCGGUGUUUGAUUUGUUCGACAAAGGCAUUGCGGAGUUUGAGAGCAAGACCGAUGAAGUGGUAGGGCUAUUGGGCACUGGUGACCUCGGUUGCACGUAUGCAGAAGACGAUGCGCGGGACUGGCUCAAGGCUACGCGGUUUUUCAAGGGAACUAGAGGUCUAGACCGGAAAGUUGUUGAAAAGACUGUGGAUGUGCUGAAAGUGGCUGGAGUUAUUGACCCGAGCUUGCCAGAGGAAGAGGCCGUGCAGAGGGUGACUGGCAUAUCAAGAUGA